UGAGAGCAGUUCAAGAGAGGGAGAGCCGAGCUCGCUUUUUGGGAGCUGCUCGCUGAAAUGCAUGGAGCGGAGCGGCAGAGAAACGCCAAGCACAAGGCCGAGGCUCAGGCGAGCACCAUGAAAGACGGAAAGAUAAAGUGCGACACGAUCCCGGAGCGAGUGACCCUCAAAAAAGAAAUAGGACUGCUGAGCGCCUGCACCAUCAUCAUCGGUAACAUCAUUGGCUCUGGGAUCUUCAUCUCUCCUAAAGGGGUGCUGGAACACUCGGGUUCUGUUGGAUUGGCACUGGUGGUAUGGACAUUAGGAGGGGGUAUCGCUGCUCUUGGCUCUCUCUGUUAUGCUGAACUUGGGGUCACUAUUCCUAAGUCAGGGGGAGACUACUCCUAUGUUACAGAGAUUUUUGGAGGCCUUAUCGGGUUCCUGCUUUUAUGGAGUGCAGUACUGAUCAUGUACCCUACUACUCUAGCUGUAAUAGCCCUCACUUUCUCCAACUACGUUCUACAGCCAGCCUUUCCCAACUGCGUUCCUCCUUACAUGGCCACACGUAUGCUCUCCGCCGUCUGCAUUUUAUUUCUGACAUGGGUAAACUGCUUCAGUGUGCGUCUGGCCACACGGAUCCAAGAUAUCUUCACUGUAGGGAAGCUUCUGGCCCUGGGCCUCAUUAUAGCUGUGGGACUGUUCCAGAUCUACGAAGGUAAUUACAAGGGUCUUACACCACAAGUAGCGUUUGAAUUUUAUAAGACACCAUCAGUGGGGCAGAUUGCUCUGGCAUUCCUUCAGGCCUCCUUCGCCUUUAGUGGCUGGAACUUUCUCAAUUACGUCACAGAAGAGGUGGUGGAUCCCAGAAGAAAUCUUCCACGUGCAAUUUACAUCUCCAUUCCACUGGUAACCAUUGUGUACACGCUCACCAAUAUCGCCUACUUCUCCUCCAUGUCCCCCGAGGAGCUGUUAUCCUCCAAUGCUGUGGCUGUAACAUUUGGUGAGAAGCUGCUUGGAAUGUUCUCCACCAUCAUACCCAUCUCUGUGGCACUCUCCACAUUUGGAGGAAUCAAUGGCUACCUCUUCACCUCAUCCAGACUCUGUUUCUCCGGUGCGAGAGAAGGACAUUUACCCAGCUUGCUAGCUAUGAUUCACUUUAAGAGUUGCACCCCAAUUCCAGCCCUGCUUGUCUGUUGCACUGCAACAAUUGUAAUCAUGUGCAUUGGUGAAACACAUAACCUUAUAAACUAUGUGUCCUUCAUCAACUACCUCUCCUAUGGAGUCACUAUUGCUGGCUUGCUGUAUUACAGAUGGAAGAAGCCAAACCUGUACAGGCCUAUCAAGGUGAGUUUGUUUGUUCCUGUGUGUUACCUGCUGUUCUGGGUCCUGCUGCUGGGCUUCAGUCUGCAUUCAGAGCCUGUGGUCUGUGGAGUCGGACUGGUCAUCAUGCUCACUGGAGUACCUGUAUACUUUCUGGGAGUGUACUGGAAAGACAAGCCAAAGUGUAUCUAUAACUUCAUUGAGUGGGCCACGUAUCUGGGUCAGAGAGUGUUUUUUGUGGUUUUCCCCCAAGUUGACCCCAUUGAAGACAUAACGCCGAGAGAAUGGACGGAUAAGUCUUCUGCCAUUAGCAAGGCCUCUGGACCUGUUUGACUUUUAUUUUAUUUUUUUGGUUUGUUUAUUACCUUAAUUAUAUCAUAUUUUUGUCAAACCAUAGUUGUCCUGUUAUUUUAAAGCCCCAAAAUAAGGUUCAUGGGUAAAUAUUCAAACACAAAUAUCUAUAAGCCUUGUAUAGUUUUUUUUUUUUGUAUUUACUGCUACAUGUAAGUUAAUGUCACUAUGUUAACACCUCAAAUGGACUUCCCAUAGAUGUACAUUUCAAUAUUUCUAAACAUUUCUAACAAUUUAAUAUAUCGUUUAUUGUCUGAAAUAUUUCAGUAUGUUUUUUUUAACUGGAUCAAUUCAGAAUAAAAAAACCUUAGGUUUUUUAAGCACUGUCAGGUAUUUCCCUGCUAGUUGUCUGUGUGUAUAUAUACUUGAAAUACAUAAUAAUGGAGACAUAAGAGCUAAUGCUGACUAUAUUUAUUGCAGUGUGGCAGUUAGAGAAGUCCUUGUAUUUUGUCUUGUAUGUUACCUCUUUAAAGCACAGCUAGAAAUCUGGCGUUCAGGAAAGUAUUAGCUUUGCUAAUUAAGCAGGGUGCGUGACAACCUAUGCCUUAUCUUACCAACUCAGUUCUGGAGAAAUCUGAUCAUUUAUAAAGUAUUCUAAUGGUUAUUCUUUAUAUCCUUUUAGACUUGCAUUCUAAUCAAACAAUCUAAUAUUUGAUUAUUGUCUAUAAUUAUAGUGAGUGCAGGUGAACCAUAUUCCUCUACAUACAUAUCAGAAGUAAGCAUUCGUUAUAAUAACUGAAAAAUAACGCAACUAUAUGUUUGUCAAAAAUCUUCCUAACAAAUACUCAGCUGUGUCUUUUUGGAGCUAGUCUCUAAAACCCUUUUCAGUCCAACUCCAUGCACAGAGCAGCUCGAAUGGUUGAAGGUUGUUGAUUUGGCAGACCAUUUCAUUACUGACAAGCCUGCUUCAUUUCACUUCAAAUAUGUUGUCCUGUGUAACUAUGGGUAUAUAUGUGGUCAGUGAAAACAGUUGGGACAUUUCAGGAAACAGGCAAGGUGUCCCUAAACCGUGGGUGUAAAUAUUCUUGCAGAGCCACUGAACCGGAUAGCAUUGUCUCUCUUUUGUUUUCCUGUUUUGUUUUGUUUUGUUUUGUUUGUUUUAAAUAGAUGUCCUAUAUAAUAAGUAGGUGAUAUAAGGGGGAGAUAUCAAACUGCCAGAAAUCAAGCACUGUAUCAGUUACUUUAAGCUGUACUUUUGUUUUCUUUUUCUUUCAACAUGCUCAUUUUACCUAUGCAGACCUAUUGUAGAAGAAAGAGUUUUCAAUGUGAGAUUUGAAACUGUAAAUUAUUUGUAUAGUUUAUUUCCAGUGGAAGAGAUACUUCCAUGGUUACCCGUUGUCUGUCUCUUUUUGUAAAUGAUAAAAUGGUUUAACAGUUCUGGUCAUGAAUAAAGAAUAAUUAAUACUAUUUUUCGAUUUAUUUUUGAUUAUUAGGUGUAAUUAUUACAGAGUGGUUGAGUUCGGUGUCUGUCUCAUUAAUUAGACUUUCUGCGGAACGUUGUUCUUAAAAGGCACCGCUGGGAUUCGAACCCAGGAUCUCCUGUUUACUAGACAGGCGCUUUAACCAACUAAGCCACGGCGCCGCUGACGUUCGGUUCAAAAUUUCCUUUCUUCGCUUUGCUCUACAGGGCUGAAUUUUUAAGAAUACGUCAUGAGUUAUGAGUGACCUUAUCGAUCUCCUUGUUCUUCGACAGCCAGAGAUCCUAGGGGCAAGAAGCUAGGAGUACGCUAGCCAUAUGUCCUCAAAGGGGCUAAUAUUUUUGUCACGUCAACAAUAUCCCCUGUCGAAGUUAUCAAAAAUUAAACAGCAAAAAAAAAUUAAAAGCAAUUUUAGGAGUAAAUGACUAAAUAGUGCAGUAGUUACAGACGCGGCGGCUUUAUAAACAGUAGAUGGCGACAAAUAGACUUAUAUUGCCAAAAGUUUUGGGACACCCCUCCAAAUCACUGAAUUCAGGAGAUGUUUUUCAGGUGUUAAUCUUGGCCUCUUAGUUCCAGUGAAAGGAACUCUUAAUGCUUCAGCAUACCAAGACAUUUUGGACAUUUUCAUGCUCCCAACUUUGUGGGAACAGUUUGGGGAUGACCCCUUCCUGUUCCA